GGUACCCUAGUGAUCUAUCCUCCCUUCCGUUUCCUCUCCCUUUCCUCCUACUUUCUCCUUUCUCUUCCCCCUUGUCGUGGUUGCCGAAUUUACUGGUAAGGGCUUUUUGUCUGCGUUCGAUUACCACCCUGUUCUGUCGAACCCAGAUGGGAAGAGACCACCCGCGUGUUUGCCGUGCGUGGAGACCCGUGUCCCUGGAAAAGGGGAUCCUGGUAGUUGAGGGGCAUCUUGGUACCCCAAUACACUGCUUCGGCCCUUGCUUCAGGUAAACGGGAGGUGCAUAUUAGCCUGUAUGCAUCAACCGGCUUGCCACGAGCAUCAUCUGUUGGCUUAGGUCAAGUCCGGGGUCACUUGCUGGGCACCUCGUUAAGGGUGGAGGCUGCUUCAGGGGUGACUCGCGGGCGUAUAACUAUUGGCUAGCAUUGGUGUAUGUAACGUAUUGGUGUUAGAACCAAUAUGUUGUCUGCAUCCCCUUUGUUGGACUCCGUGGUGGGUGGUGCCGCUGGUAGUUGAAGUCUUUGAAAUUUUCUAUGGCGGAAAAUGACGGCAAGGUGUUUAGUUCUGCACACCACAGCAAAAACAGCGGAACACCUUUAUCACCGUGUGAAUAUGCUCGUUAUUUUAAUAUAGCAUUGUUAAAUCCCACUGUUUCUAACACUUCGUUUAGUAAAAUAUCCCCAUUUUUGAUACGCAAAGCUCUUAUCUCUGUUUUAGGAGAAGUAACGUCUGUUCGAAAAUUACGAUCAGGUGACCUCUUAGUACAGGUAUCAUCUGAAAAACAAGCGACUACUCUAUCAACCUGUAAAAGUAUAUGUUCGUUUUCAGUAAACGUCACACCUCAUAAGACUCUGAACACCUCACGAGGGGUGAUAUCGCAAUCAGAAUUUAUUGAUGACACAGAAGAAAUGAUUGUAGAUGAAUUGCGCGAUCAACAUGUUAUUGCUGUAAGAAGAAUUAAGGUUCGUAGGAAUGGCCAACUCGUUCCCACGAAACAUCUCAUUCUUACUUUCGCUACUCCGAAGUUGCCAUCUGAAGUCAAGCUUGCCUGGUAUAACUGUCCGGUUAGACCAUACGUGCCAAACCCUUUGAGAUGUUUCCAGUGUCAAAGGUUUGGUCACUCAAAGGCCUCUUGUCGUAGCACACCCAUUUGUGCUCGCUGUUCUGGUUGUGGCCAUGACGAUACUUCCUGUGAGUUACCGCCCCUUUGCAUUAAUUGCAAGGGUGAUCACGCGGCCUACUCCAGGAAUUGUCCAAAAUGGUCACAAGAAAAAGAAAUUCAGACCAUUAAAGUCAUGCAAAAUUUGACUUUUAAUGAAGCAAGGCGAAUGGUUACCGCUCGAACUCCCCGUCCGGGCGUAUCCUAUUCUGCAGCUGUAAAAGCAACCUACUGUUCUGUCAGCACACAAACUGAUACUCCUUUCGCGCUAACAUCUACCAAACAGCCUACUUUUCAUUUUGGAGCAUCGAAACCUAAUGUUUCGAAUCAAGCAACUUCAUCACGCAGUUCUACCUCGACCAAUUCUCCACCUUCUAAAGCAGCUAAAUUAGAUCAAUAUGAUAAAUUUCCGAAGAAACAACAACGCAUAGACAUAAAGCCCCAACCAAUACGUCAACGUCCUGGACAAACGAAAAAGAUACGAAGUACCUCCAGUAUGCCAAUUCAGCUUCUGGAGUUUUACAAAAUCUUGAAGAGGACUAUGUCCAUUUAUCUCUCUGAAGACGAAGAAAGCAUUUUAGAUUGUCCUCCGGCUAAUCAAGAGAUCAUGCAAAUCUCACAAUCCACAACAUAA